AUGCCGUUAUAUCCACUCAACUCUGGAUGCCGUCUCAAUAAAAAGUCGAAAGAAUGUGAGAAUACGAGUACAAACAGUGAGACAAAUGUGACAUCUUAUGACCACUUGUGCUCUAAUCGCAGUUUAUGUCAACACUCGCUAUCAGUACCCGAAGCCGACAAUAAGUCGUGUUAUUCUGAUAUUCUUCCCAAUUCUCCCAUUUCUCCGAGAGUUAAGAAUAUUCACUCAGAUAUGGAGGCACUGAUGCUCUCCAGACACGACAACCCCUAUAUUAUGCAGCAAUUGGAGAGACUGUCGACUAGAGAUGCAGCGGAACUGUACGCAGAAAUGAAUGUUUCCGGACACCCGUCUCCCGCCCGAUCUCUUCAUAAGAUCUCAUUCACUAAUUUGGAGGCAAACCCAACGACUGACACCAACUCAAUGAUGGACUCCGAUAUUAGCGAUACAUAUAUAGAUAAUCUUCACGACAAACUGAUCCGUUCGCCUCCACCGCAGUUCCCGAAGAAUUUAUCUCUUUUUAUAUUUCCCGGCAGUUCUGCAGUCAGUGUUCAAAGUUAUAGGACUGCAGAUAAUUGUGAUUUCUCUCCCUCUCGGCUCCACAUGAGUCCCAAUGCUUGCCAUUCGUUAAGGGAUGUGAUUACUGAUCACAAAAUCAAAACCUCAAACACAUCUCAAGAUAAUAUAUCAGGAAUUUUGAAUUCCUAUUCGAGAGACAAUCAGUUUCUAGAGCCCAACCCUAACCUCUACAACAAAUACGAGAGACGCGGAUCCGACAGCUCUAUCCUCUCCAACAACUGGAAGACAACUUUCUAUAACCAAUCGAUGGCCGCCUCGAGCUCUUCCCUCUUAACAUUCGCGCCGCGAUGUCCUCCACUCGACUCCUGUACCACAGCUUCCAAUGACUCCAACAUGAGUUGCACUGAAUGUCAGAGCGAACACAAGUCCGACACUGGACUCGAUUCCAUGGAAAUGUAUCCCAAUUUAGACGACAACUGCACCGAUGGCUGGAAUGCCAUGAGUGCCAGCAAUAGUCGCGAGGCUUUACUCAAAAACAUAUCUCAACUCAACUAACUAUCCCAUUGUAACAUCAAAUUUGUCGAUUCAGUCAGUUAUCGCAGUUCAGUAUAAAUAGCACUUCACUUCAGAUUCAGUAUUACAGCGUUCGCUAGUUUAUAAAUUCGCAAAAUUUACAAAUAAAACAGUUAUUUAGAUAUUAAUACACUGUAUGUAUUCAAGUUUGCCAGUUGCGGCUAUGAAAAUGAACCUUUAGAACUUACAACAUAAUGUACAAUAGUCAAU